CGCCCCAGCCCUUCCAAAAACACAUGGGUCCCACACAUGCGUACAAAGUCCGAGGGUACAAUCAGCUGAUAGCUAAAGAGUGAGUUUGAUUAAGUUUUGUUGCUACUUCUGGAAAUAUGUCUUCCUUUGCGCCAGCCUCGUCUAAAAAGGCCAAGAAGAGAGCCGCAGUCGACGGUGUAGACGGGGAAUUCUUUCCAGGAAUCCAGAAGAUCCAGUACAAGCCUGAUGCUGGUCCAGAGGAUGUUCUGUGCUUUAAACACUACAAUGCUUCUGAGAUUGUGUAUGGGAAGUCCAUGGAAGAAUGGCUGAGGUUCUCUGUCUGCUACUGGCACACUUUCAGGGGCACAGGUGCUGACCCCUUUGGUUUCCCCACCCUGCACCGUCCCUGGGAAGAUGGCACUGACUCCAUGGAGAACGCCAAGAGAAGACUGGGGGCUGCCUUUGAGUUCUUCACAAAGCUGGGGGUGAAGUAUUGGACAUUCCAUGACAGGGACAUUGCUCCAGAGGGGAAUGAUUUGGCAGAGACGAACAGAAACCUGGAUGAGGUUGUUGAUCUGGCUGUGAAACUGCAGGGUGAGACCGGCAUGAAACUGCUGUGGGGGACCUGCAACCUGUUUGCCAACCCUAGGUACAUGAACGGUGCAGCCACCAACCCAGACGCUCACAUCGUGGCCCAUGCUGCUGCACAGGUCAAGAAGGGGUUAGAGGUCACCAAGCGCCUGGGAGGCCAGAACUUUGUGUUCUGGGGCGGACGUGAGGGUUACCACACUAUCCUCAACACAGAUGUUCUGGCAGAGCUGUCCCACAUGGCAAACUUCUUCAAGAUGGCAGUCGCUCAUAAGAAGAAGAUUGGCUUCACAGGACAGUUCCUUUUGGAACCCAAACCCAAGGAACCUACCAAGCACCAGUAUGACUAUGAUGCCAUGACAGUCAUUGGGUUUCUGAAGCAUUUUGGCCUGGAGAAAGACUUUAAGUUGAAUAUAGAGCCCAACCACACUACACUAGCUGGUCAUGGAUAUGAGCAUGAUGUUGUCAUGGCAUCUGCCUUCGACAUGCUGGGGUCCAUAGACUCUAACACAGGGUCCCCAGACCUGGGCUGGGACACAGACCAGUUCCCUAUGGAUGUGAAGAACUGCACUAUGGUUAUGAAGACUGUACUGGAGAUGGGAGGGCUGGCCCCGGGCGGACUGAACUUUGACUGUAAGGUUCGUCGUGAGUCCACUGAUCUGGAGGACAUGUUCAUCUCGCAUGUCGGUGCCAUGGAUGCCUUCGCUCGGGGUUUGAAGAGCGCUGCAAAGGUGUUACAGGAGGGAGUACUCACCAGGCUGGUCAAGGAGCGUUACUUGAGCUUCAGCAGUGGGAUUGGCGCCAAGAUCGCCAAGGGCACUGCCACUAUAGAGGAGUGUGAGGACUACAUCAUGCAGAAGGGUGAGCCUAAGGCAGCCUCUGGGAAACAGGAGAAGUUUGAGGCUAUCCUGAACCACUAUGUGUGAGGAACCCAUCUCCACAUGCUACGUACCCUCAUCACCUGCCCUAGCCUAGCAGGCUUUACAAGUCAGGUUUUUAGAAAGCUUAUUGUGCACUUUUUUUCUGAUGGCAUAUCAGUUCUCAGAACUGAGUUUCCUGUGGGCCUUUCUAUAGACUCAAGGCGAGGAGUACUGAGAACUUGUAUGUCAUGAUAAAAUAAGCACAUUAGAACCCC